AUGGAGACUCUCCGACAAGAGAACGUUGCCUUUAGAAGAAAUGUCGAAGAAACUGAGGCAGACCAACAGAGCCAUCAUUCUGGGGACCACCCCCAGCCUAAUGCAGCCACCACUGAUGAAGAACGACGCAAAAUCAAUCAGCAAAUCCGGAUAGAAGUAGCAAAGCAGAUGUGCCAACCAACCACAGUGGAUCAGCUGCUUACCAAUGUUAAGCUGUCAUACAGCAAGGGGAUUUUGGCAGUACCAAUACCUCCAAAGUUCAAAGUUCCUCAGAUUGAAGCGUACGAUAGGUCAAAGGACCCAUUGGAACACUUGGAAACCUUCAAGGUCCACAUGACUCUCCACGGAUUCCCCAGUGAGAUAGCAUGUAGGGCGUUCCCCCUCACUUUGAAGGGAGCAGCACGAGUAUGGUUUGUUUCCCUACGACCUGGAACUGUGGAUAGUGUCAAUGAACUAGCACAUCGGUUCUUAAUGCAGUUCAUGGCUAGUCGAACGAGGCGAAGGCCAGCUGCCUAUCUGUUGAUUGUUAAACAGAGGGAUGACGAGAGCCUUAAGUCAUACCUCUCCCACUUUAACAAAGAACGGAUGGUGAUAGACGACCAAGACGAGAAGAUCACUUUGGCGGCAUUAUUAGGAGGGAUUUGGCCUCAUAACUCCUUCAUGACAGAAAUUGCCCGAAAGACACCGUCAACCUUGAGGGAGUUUAUGGACCGAGCAGACGGUUACAUAAACGGAGAGGAUACGCUCCAAGCAUUAAUGACACCCAGGAAGCGUGACUUGGAGAGGGCGGACAAGAAAACGGUAGAGCGGCACCAAAGAUCAAACCAAGGAGUCUGCCAGAAAGGGACUUACUAA